GCGGCUCGCUGCGGCGAACGGCCGUCCGCCUGGAGCGGCUCGAAGACGUGGAGCGCCGUCAGGCCUGGACUCAGCUGCUGGGCCGCGAGCUGGUUGAGUUGGUCUUCAGCAGAGACUGGCAGAUCAGAGACACAGGGAUCUGCCGGCUGGCUGAGGAGCUGAGCCACAUGGUAAGCAGUCCUGGUGGCCGCUCGGCGGUGGACCUGCUGCACCACUUGGCCGACCUGCUGGCGGUGCUCUGCGCCGACCCCGUCUACAAGGUCUUCGACGGCGCUAUCGUGAGUGGGCUAAGGCGUCGGGGAAGUGGCUUACCUGAUCCUGCACCUGUGCCGGGCAGACUCCGUCUGGCUGUUGAGGAAGAAGUGUGUGACCAUUCGUCACUGGUGCUGGACCGGCUGAUGCAGGAGUGCCUCUCCGGCGCCGACUCGUGGCAGUGGUGCCUCGGCCGGCUGCGUGUCGCCGACGUGCUGGUGGGUCAGUUCCGCGCUGAGUUCAGCGGCGCCGGCGGCGACGCCGCCGACCGCGUCACGCGGCUCGCCGAGUUCGCGCACCACGCGCUCACCCACCCGCACGCCACCGUCGGCCGGCUGGCGCGGAGCGUGUUCGUGCAGAUGGCGACCGGCGAGACGCCUGUCAGUCACUUCGGCGACACGUCGUCCGUCCGCUCCGCGAUGGACCUGGGCGGGGUGCAGGACGUGCCCGUGCCCCGGCCACCGCGCGGCCCCGUCACAACCUCCGUGAAGGACUGCAUAGUGUGCCUUCAUGACCCAGAUUUGGAGGGCGACACGAGCGCUACCUACACGGAGGGCGAGGACUGGGCGCGCGGCGCGCUUCUGGGCACCGGCGGCUUCGCCCGCUGCUACCAGGCGUGCGACCUGCGCUCCGGCCGGCUGGUAGCCGUCAAGCAAGUGGAGAUGUCGCCUCAGACGGACAAGGCGGCGCUGCUGCGCGAGAUGCGUCUCCUGGCGAACGUGCAGCACCCACACGUGCUGCGCCUGCUGUGUGCCACCCGGCGGCCGGGCGUGGUCAAUCUCUUCACGGACUGGCAGGCGGGCGGCUCGGUCGCAGACCUGCUCAAGAUGUACGGCCCGUUCGCCGAUGACGUCACGCACCGCUACAGCCGUCACCUCGUGGACGGGCUGGCGUACCUGCACGACAACGGCAUUCUGCACCGAGACCUGAAAGGUGCAAACCUGCUGGUGGACUCGACAGGUGAGACGCUGAAGAUCGGCGACUUGGGCACGGCGGCCGAGUUGGGCGCCGCGGCCACGUUGCGUGGCGAGUUCACCGGCCAGGUGCGCGGUACGCUGGCCUUCACGGCGCCGGAGGUGCUGCGCGGCGAGCACUACGGCCGCUCGUGCGACGUCUGGAGCGUCGGCUGCUGCGUCAUCGAGAUGGCGACCGGCCAGCCGCCCUGGCAGGCGUACACUCGCAGCAACCACCUGGCCAUGCUGUUCAUGAUCGCGGGCAGUCCGACACCUCCCGAGAUGCCGUGUCAUCUACCGGAUGACUUGCGAACUUUGAUUUCGGACUGUCACCAGAUGGAUCCAGAAAAGCGUCCAGCUGCCAGACAGCUGCUGGACUACCCAUGCUUUAAGGGUAUAAGUACAAAUGUGUAGUCCAUUCCAAAGACGCAUUCGGCUUGCCAGGUUCAGCUCUAGACCAGCGGUCACCGUGUGGUCGGACUGCCGCGUGUCAAAUGGGAGUACAUGUUAGUCGGGUGGAACGAGGUCACCGGGCACCUGUUUUGCCGAGGCGACCGGCCAGGUCGCACCAAGUAUGCCUUGAAUUGCGUGAGACAUUAGUAACCUGGCCUGAAAUAUGGCCUUUAAGCUGUACCUUCGCGCAACAUCACUGUUACGUUUUUUAUUCUGGUCUGUUUUGUUGAUCCUGAGCUGACGUAGCAAAUAACUGUCCUCGGCUCGAGGUGCUGCAUUCUCGCUGGUCUGAUCCCGGCUGUCUGAAUUUUUCCUCACUCGGGACGAGCUCAGUUCCACGUCAUCAUUCAUCAUGUCGCGCUACAGGGUCUAUUCCUGACGAAUGGUCUCCUCGAAUGGUCUCGAUUUAGGGCUGGCUGCAGCCCCCUAAGCUAUAUUAAAUUGUGGUACUGUUUUGUAUGUACUUAAGCUGUAAGGGGAGUGUGAUGUGUGUACUUAAGUUAGAUGGAAGUUUUUGCUAGC